AAGCACUGAGAUUAUGCAUUCGAUAUUCACUAACAUAUCCAAUGUCAAUCUGUUAGGCGGAAACGAACGAAGAUGAUGAAAUAUGAAGAAGCAAUGCCAGGUUUGAAGUGUAGGCAAAGUAUUCAGCAUUCGUAGUUGUGUUAUUGCGGCAACUUCAUCUUUUGGCGGGAAUAACUUAGACCCCCUGAAACCCCCAAUUUUCCCAGGAAAAAAAAGAAACCCUAGCAGUCUAUAGGGAAAGAGAGAUAAUCGAAGCAUUUAAAUCCGGGAAGAGGAAUGGGAAAAGACGAAGAAGAGAUGAGGGGAGAGAUAGAGGAGAGGCUGAUAAACGAAGAGUACAAAAUAUGGAAAAAGAACACUCCAUUCCUUUACGAUCUGGUCAUCACCCAUGCCCUUGAGUGGCCUUCCCUUACGGUCGAGUGGUUACCCGACCGUGAGGAGCCUCCUGGCAAGGACUACUCCGUCCAGAAGAUGAUUCUUGGUACUCAUACCUCCGAGAACGAGCCUAACUACCUCAUGCUUGCCCAGGUUCAGCUUCCCCUUGAAGAUGCCGAAAACGAUGCGCGCCACUACGACGACGAUCGCUCUGAUUUUGGCGGCUUUGGAGCUGCCACUGGCAAGGUGCAAAUAAUUCAGCAAAUCAAUCACGAUGGAGAAGUUAACAGGGCUCGUUAUAUGCCUCAAAACCCUUUUAUUAUUGCCACUAAGACUGUUAGUGCUGAAGUAUAUGUCUUUGACUAUAGCAAGCAUCCAUCCAAGCCUCCUCUUGACGGUGCUUGUACUCCCGAUUUGAGAUUGAGAGGCCACAGCACUGAAGGUUAUGGUUUGUCUUGGAGUAAGUUUAAACAAGGUCACUUGCUUAGCGGUUCUGAUGAUGCUCAAAUUUGCUUGUGGGACAUCAAUGCCACUCCUAAGAACAAGGCCCUUGAGGCUAUGCAAAUAUUUAAGGUUCAUGAAGGCGUCGUAGAAGAUGUUGCAUGGCAUAUGAGGCAUGAAUACUUAUUUGGCUCUGUUGGGGAUGAUCAAUGCCUUCUUAUAUGGGAUCUGCGGACGCCAACAGUCACCAAGCCUGUCCAAUCAGUUGUUGCUCACCAGAGUGAGGUUAACUGCUUAGCUUUUAAUCCUUUCAAUGAAUGGGUUGUUGCAACGGGCUCCACUGAUAAAACUGUAAAGUUAUUUGAUAUACGUAAAAUCAGCACAGCACUUCAUACAUUUGACUGUCACAAGGAGGAGGUUUUCCAAGUUGGGUGGAAUCCCAAGAAUGAAACCAUCUUAGCUUCUUGUUGCCUUGGUAGAAGGCUCAUGGUGUGGGAUCUUAGCAGGAUUGAUGAAGAACAAACACCAGAGGAUGCUGAAGAUGGCCCCCCAGAGUUGCUGUUUAUUCAUGGUGGUCACACAAGUAAAAUAUCAGAUUUUUCUUGGAAUCCAUGUGAAGACUGGGUUGUUGCCAGUGUGGCUGAAGAUAACAUCCUACAGAUAUGGCAAAUGGCAGAGAAUAUCUACCAUGAUGAAGAUGACAUACCCGGGGAUGAAUCCACCAAAGGAUCCUAGUGCAGUUUCCAAUGCUUUGGUAGCCUAGGGAGAUGGAUAAAACGUCAAUUAUGAAAUGGAGUUCGUUGGACUUUCUCUCUCUCCUUUUACCAUGUUGUUUUGUUUUUGAAUGUGGCCUCCAAAUCUGUUGGCUCCCCCUUUUAGGAGUAGAAGCAUAUGCGUGAAUUGGAAGCGUAGUGACCCAUGCAUCAAGUAGUAUAUCCAUUUGCAUUAACACAUUGCCUCGGCGUCCUGCAGUUGCCAAAUUAAUGAUAUUUAUGUAGUCAAAACAUGAGCUACUGUUCAUACUUGUGAUUUGAAAAUUAAGAGUUAGCCGCUGGAAGUUUUACCAUUGGAGAGCCUGUUAUAAAAAAUGUAUCUUACACAUGCA